GUCUGCAAGAACCCAUCUCAACUUCUGUAGAGGAGAACAAGAAACGGUGGCCUACUAAUUCACAACCCCUAGGAUGCUUCAGGGCGGAAACAGCAGCGAUUUGCGUUCGAAAAUGCAAAUCUACAAGCGUUUGUACUGCGUUCAAGUGAGCCGACUCGACCAACUUCCCUCGAAAACGCCACGCUAUAGCGGCGGUUGGAAGUCCGUGACCCAACUUUGUCUAAGAGAGCGCGCUCCCUUCGGCGUAACGCUAGCUGCACGCCACGCCUCUGCGCUUCGCCUCUUUCACCUGUUUCGAGGCUCGGCGGAUUCGAGUGCGCGUCAGCGGUGGCCUUGCACGCACCGCGAUGGCGCAAGCACAUCGCGCGUGGCCACUACACUAAGCGACCGGUUCCAGCGACUCGGCUUGGGAGAACAUUAUCUCUGCUCCACGGAUAAUCCCACUUCCACAGCCGGCGGGACCUGCGUGUGCACAAGCGUUCAACAGCGCGCCGCAACGACAGGCAGAUGCUCAGCUGCGUGGGACGGUUCCCUGUCUGUGCAGAAGUAUCACCAUCUACGUGUCUAGUGCCGGCAAGAUCAUGACGGGCACGCCGUUGCUUCCCAAGCUGCGACAAAUCGCCGAAGAAGAGCUGGGAGAAACGGACGAGGUCAGGCAGCAGGCUCUGGACGAUCUCACCAAGCUUCUGAACGCCGAGCCCGGACUCAACUGGCACAACGACCCUGACUUUCUGCUCCGGUUUCUCCGUGUGCGGAAGUACAAUGUUGAGGCAGCAUUGAAGAGCAUCACAAAGUACUACCGCGUCCGGGACAACUGUCGGGAAAUUUUUGACGACUUCAGACCUUCAACUGUUGUUCCAGAGUGUAGAGAUAUAGCAGCUGUUCUACCUCACCGAGAUGCUCAAGGGCGGCAAAUUGUGCUGAUUAGAAGUGGCAUGUGGAACCCCACUUUGGUGCCGCAAAUUGAUGUACAUCGAGCCUUUAUGCUGUGUCUGAAGCACCUCGAGCGAAGCCCUUCAGGUCAAACGGCCGGCGUCGUUGUCAUCAAUGACUUCCAAGGGUUCGGUGUUGAGCACGCUAGGAACUGCAAAUUGGGCCCAAUGAAAGACCUAACGGACUACGUGCAGGAAAGCAUGCCGCUGCGUCUGCGGGCUGUGCACGUCGUGCGAGAGUCGAGGGGCUUCGACUUCUGCUUCGCGCUCGUGCGUCCGUUCUUGAAGAGCAAGAUUAUUCAGAGGAUACACUUCCACGGACACAAGAUGGAAGGGCUCCACGAACACGUUCCAGCCAGCAUACUGCCCGAAGCUUACGGUGGUCUGGUGUCUGACAAAGUGUUUCAGAAGUUUUGGUGUCAACUGGAAGCCGAGGAUCACUUUUUUGUAGAAGAUAGUAAAUACGGCUAUGAGAGCGACAGCCGCGAUACAUCGUCGGAGCACACGAACAUGAUAGUAACACACCUGUGAUAUGAAGACGAAUGCUGGUACGCGGACUGCCCAACCUUGGACCACUGAUCCACGAUUUUAGACAUCGACGAAUGUGACUACGUAUUUUAUGGGCGAGAAUAACGCCGUAUCUGGGCAGAAUAACGGAAACACCAGUGCAUGUGUUAUUUGACCCACACUAAUUGGUGACGGGGCCAGUCAAGCUGUUAAAUGCAGCUUUUUUCCCAUCACACCUAACCACGUUCAUGUGCACUUUCAUGUACCUGCCAUGUGUUUGAAUAAACUCAAACUCAAACUCAAAACUCAAA